UACCCCGCCAUCAUGAUCAACAAUAUUCAUUUGAUUAUAAUAUAUCCUCCCCAUCUAGCACGUCAACUAUACAAGAACAUGUCACAAUGAAGAUCCUCCUUUUACUCUCAUCAACCUUCACCUUCCUCCAUACCAUCUCGUCAUCCAGCUCCAACACAACCUUCAUCUGCAAAACCGACCACGACUGUCGGCUCAACGGUCUCUGCUCUCUCACCACCUCCACCUGCAUCUGCGAUCCUGGCUGGACAUCCCCCACCUGCGGUGCUCUCGAUCUCCUCCCCGCAACACUUGGAACAGGCUAUAACAAAACAUCCUUCAACGCUUCAUCCUGGGGCUCGAAGAUAAUCCAUGACCCGUCCAACUCCCUGCUCUUCCAUCUGUUCCUCGCCGGAUUCACACACCAGUGUGGACUAGACUACUGGUCUCCAUACUCACGAAUUGUCCACGCUACUUCGCUUGAGGGACCUGCUGGGCCUUAUGAAUUUCAUUCAGAGGUCGUGGGCACAUUUGCUCACAAUCCUACAGUGAUCUGGAGUCCUGCUGAUGAGAAAUGGUUGCUUUAUUAUAUCGGCUGUCCCCAAUCUGUGAACGCUACUUGUACUUCACCCUCUUUCUCGUGUGGUCCAGGAAAUUUCAUCAAUGGUGAAUCGGGAAUCUCGGUUCUUUCUUCGGAAGAUUUGUACUCUUGGACUCCUCACGGACAAGUUAUGUCGGGGAUGAAUGAUGGAGCUUGGGAUGCUGAUAUCACCAACCCAUCUCCCCACCCACUAGGAAGGAAAGGAGAAAUGUUGUUAGUGUACAGAGGUUGCCCGUUCAAUUGCUCCGGCAAUGAACUCAUUUCUCUAUCCACCGCUCCUUCCUUCCUAGGUCCCUACACUAAGCUAUCUUCUCCCAUCUUCCCGGAAAGUAACGAAGAUCCGUUCGUCUGGCAAGACAAAAGAGGGAAUUGGCACAUGCUUCUCCAUUCCCUUGAACCAGAUGGAGGAUUUGGAAGUGGGCCCAUGGUGGGCAGACAUGCGUUCGCGGAGAAGCUGGAAGGGGAAUGGACUUUCGAUGCAGAAACAUUGGCGUUUAGUGCUGUAGUUGAGUUUCAGGGAGGGGAGGUGAGGGAGUUCUAUAGGCGAGAGAGGCCGCAGUUGUUCUUUAGUGAGGAUGCGGAGAUGAAGCCAUUAUUCUUGAUGACUGGGGUGCAAGAGGUGGGGAGUGAGAUGAGUUAUAGUUUGAUUCAGCCGAUUGAGGGGGCGAGGGAGUGGGAACAGGCUCUGGGUAUUUGAUGACUAGGCCUGAGGAGGGGAGAAUGGGCUCAGAUUUCUCCUUGAUGUGUGGUCGAGGAAGAGGGACAUUCAACUUCAUCGCAUUCUGUUACAACCAGCGUAACUUGUGUCCAAAUAGGAACUCGGGCCAACAAAGCUAUCAACAUCCACAUACAAUCAUCUCGCCCUUCAAAGAUCGAUG